AUGAUCUCAGAGUGGGAGGGUUUUCGCUCAUUGUCGCUCGGGUUUCACGUCGCCAUUUUGUUUACGUUCCAGUGCGGACACGGAGUCGUGGACAGGUCUAUUUUCUUCAUUAGAAUAUAUGGUUUCUAUUUUAAUCUGAUAACUGUGUUCCUUCAGGACAUCGUUUGAUCAAGGAGACAUCCUGUAUGAAGUUCACCCAGAAGGGAGACCAGCCCUUCAGAUACUGACCCUACCGCUGAACAGGGAAAGAAUUCCAUCCGCCUGCGAAGAAGUCCACCAGCCCGAACAUGACCAACCACGGAGAUGACUGCUACUUCUACUAUUACUCGACCUGCACCAAAGGAGACAGCUGCCCGUUCAGACAUUGUGAGGCUGCCAUGGGGAACGAGACCGUAUGCAACCUGUGGCAGGAGGGCCGCUGCUUCCGCAUGGUCUGCAAGUUCCGUCACAUGGAGAUCCAGAAAAACCGGAAAGAGAUUGCAUGUUAUUGGGAAAACCAGCCCGCCGGCUGCCAAAAGACACACUGCGUCUUCUACCAUGAAAAACAGCGGCUCAUUGACGGCGUCGUAGUCCCACCAAGUAGAGGUCCCAAGGCGGAGGAACCACAGCAUGAAGAACCAGCUCCUCCGCCCACACCUCUCCCCGCGGCCUCCAACCCCCAGCUCAGAGGGGUGCUGAAGGCGGAGGCUCAGGAGACGGUCCCCAGCCCCACCCACCCCCCGGUGGUCAUCAACCCGGCGGACGACGACGAGGACGAGGACGACCAGUUCUCAGAAGAGGGAGAGGAUGGCAAGUACUGCCCAGAUGGAAACAGGCUGACCUCUCCCAGGAAACUGUCUGGAGCCUCCAAUCAAAUUCUGAACUUUGGUGUGAGCACCCUGGAGGAGAUCCGGCUGAGGAAGGCCCUGAAGGCUAGCAUGAAGAGGGCUGGUUAUCCUGUCCAGGGCCCCGACGGGGCCCAGCUGAAGAGCCACCGGGCCAACAGAGAGAACCAUCGCUUCCACGAUCACCCAGUCGGCUUCCAAGCCAGAGAGGACCCAGUUUACUGUGGAGAAACCGAAAGAAACGACAUUAGUGAUCGGCUUGGAAAGACAAUGCUAAACAAAGACGGCGUUGUUCUGGAGCAGCCACCAAGGAAACGUAGCCUGGCUGACCGCCUGGGGAGGGUGGUCGGAGACGCGGAGCAAACUGGGCAGCACCCUAGAAACGGCCUCAAGCCCAUCAGAGAACGGCUUGGUUUUCAAGCCGACGCAGAAGCUCCGGUGUGGCCAGUCAAAGAACCCGAAAGUGUACUGGUUCCAAGUGAAGCCACCCAGCAGAUCCGCAUUAAAACCCUGGAGGAGAUCCGGCAGGAGAAGGCGUCCAAAGCUCAGAACAAGAGAGAGCGUCUUCCUGCUUCGGCUCUGGGCUCCAACGCCGCCAGAACCACGUCUACCAAGUCCCCCAGGGUAGCCCGGAGGUCUGUCACGGUCAAAGACGGCUCCCCCGUUCAGACCAAGACCUUCUCUUCCGUCCACGCCAAUAAGAAGCCAGAGGAGGAGCAGCUGGAGCCAGACCGCGCUCCCAGUCCUGGCAGGGCGAGCCCGGCCUCCCAUAGACCCUCCGCCAAGGCCAGGGGCCCACCGUCUCCUCCUGGGGCCGACCUGAGGGUGAAGACGCUGGAGGAGAUCCGGCAGGAAAAGGCUGCGCGCCUCCAGGCUCAGCAGGCCAGGGGAGCUGAAGACACCAAGAGCCCCAUUGCAGACGCCGGAGAAUAUCCCGCUAAGAAGCCCGGGCUGCCGUGCCUCAAUAAGGCUCAGGUACCCAGUGCGGUGGAGUCCUCAACACCAUCAGGCGGCACACAGACUAAGAAAAACCCUGAGGCCAAAGAAAAGCCGGUUGCAUCUACCACCUCCAGCGCUGAGGUCAACACAGCUUCCCGAAACGGGGUCAAGGUCAAGACCUUUGAGGAGAUCAUGCGGGAGAAACGUCUUCGCAAGCAAGAGCUGGAGGAGCAGGCCUCCUCCUCACCGUGCCCGUCUCCGGGCAGCACAGACCCCGAGCCCCCCCAGAAACCUUCCCCCGUCCCCGCCGUCAAGAAGACGCUUCCCAUCAAAAGCCUAGACGCCCCGGCGGCCACAGCCACACCCCCCUCCGCCGUGAAGUCCUCUGAGGGUCUUUGUACAACACAGAGCCCCCCCGUUCGUAAACGGAUUGCCCUUAAAUCCAAGGCUGUUUCACCUUCUGUGCCCAGCCCAUCUACUGCAGCCCCCACCCCCCCACCCCAGCCCCCCCUGACAGACGCUGCUCCCCAGAGCCCACACCACGUCAGCAACACCGCCGCCACCGGCCAGGGACUGAACAGCUGCUCCACCCUUACACACGUUAAACAAACCAAGAGGAUGGCGUCCCAGCACAAGACCCCUGGGCAAAGCGCAGAGAUAAAAGUGAGGCCCAAAUUGAACGUGAAGCCGUCGGUAAUGAAGCAUGCCACUCAUGUCAGGCCGGGCCAUAAGAGAAAAUUGGCAGUGCGAUCUGCAGUCGCUGAAGUGAAACCUCUGAACAGCGCCUCCCGAGGAGCGGAGGAGCAACUGCAGGAGCCGCAAUGCAAACAGAGAGCGAUAUCGCCCACUAAGGGCGAGUCCCAGCCCAGGCCUGCAGCGCCCCAGAGCCCAGGGCUCAGCAGCAGCCUGGCCAAAGAGGAGCUCCAGACCGUCCCCAUCUUCCACCACCCCCCGCUACAGGACCUCCCCCCCAGCCCCGUCACCAUGGCUGACCGGGCUGCCGACGCAGCCGCCAUGGAGUCCUGCACCAUCCCCCAGAGCCCGGUGAUGAAGACUCUAACCCAGGUCAAGCCCCGGAGGACCAGCUUGGUGGCGUCGCGGGUCUCUAACGUCUCCAGCUCCUCCGCCGUGGACGACUUUGAUGAGCUGAUGAACGAGUUCACUGACGACCACCUGGGCGAGGACAUGGACCCGGGCAUGGGCGAGGACGACCUGUUACAGGAGCUGUCGGAAAUGAUCGACAGCUGAAGCUCAGAAAAGUAUGACCGCAGCCCCCCUACCCUGACCGCCGUCUGUGUGCUGGGGCUCUGGAGGGGCCUGUAAGGUUUCAGUCAAACCUUACAACCUUUAAGUCAAGCAGAAAUAGUUCAACUAUAUUGGAUUUCAGCAAAUCGAAUAUAGAAAUAAGAUUUGUUUUGAAACCUGCUCUCAUAUAAAGCACGCCCCUUUUUGAAGUGGGAUUUAUAUUAGAUUCCGACAAACAAAGGAGGUUUCUGUACAUGGCUUUUAUCUUUGAACAUCCAUGUCAAUGUGAUGGCCUUGCGUCCGACGCUGUGAUGUGUCCAAGGUCUUCAGGCCGGGGGUCAUCCGGGAGUGUCUGAGUGAGGAGUUGUUCCAGAUGAGCCACCUCCAUGUGUAUACUGUGUAUGCAAAGAUAGAUGAAUAGCUGCACUUAAUGUAGACCAUCCUCUUGUUGCUGCCUGCCUCUCCUAUUAUUUAUCUCACUAGAUUGGUUAAAUGUCAAACUAUGCAUCGUCCUGUUCAAACACUAACAUUACUCAAAUGUGGAGCUUUUCUAGAUCAUUUGAAUAAUGUGAUUUUAAUGGAGAUGUAGAUACUAAAGGGGAACUGUCACAUUUUGUCUUAUUUCCAAGUGCUUUUUAUUGACAGUUUAUUGAUAACCUUUAUCUGUAUAUUCUGACUAUGUUUUGUCUUAUUUUAAGUUGCGGAUUCUUCAAAAUAAAAAGUAUGUUGGCCCCUACGAUCAUGUUUGAGCCAUUCAUCUAGUAAUUAUGUUCUCCUAUGACCGUAUCGACAACAACUCAGGGACGCUUUCUUCUGUUUGAAUUAGAUGCUUGUUAAUAACUUCAGUGAAACCCUUACAAUUUGACCUGCUUGUUAAUAAUUUCUUCUCUUUGUUAGUUUCAGAAUUUUGCUUAAAUGUUUGCACAAUUAGUCAUUUUACUUUAAGAUUGCUGUUCGGUUACUUGUGUAUGUGGCUUUAUGAAUAAAAAAUGUUUUAAUCACGAAAUAUUAUUUUCAAUUUG